AUGAGUGUUGUGGGUCUUGAUAUCGGUAAUAGCAGUAGCAAGAUCGGUGUCGCGCGUGCGCGUGGUGUCGAUAUUGUUUCCAAUGAAGUGAGCAACCGCAGCACACCGUCCCUGGUGUCGUUCGGUAUGAAGGCGCGUGCUCUUGGUGAGCCCGCGGCCACUGCGCAGACUUCGAACUUCAAGAAUACUGUGGGGUCGCUGAAGCGCCUCAUUGGUCGCACUUUCCAGGAUGAAUCUGUGCAGCAGUUUGAAAAGCCUUUCGUGAACGCUGAGCUUGUCGAUGCCAAGGGUGAAGUGGGUGUCAAGGUUCGCUUCCAGGGUGAGGAGCAGGUGUUCUCUGCUACACAGCUUCUUGGUAUGUACCUCGGUAAGCUGCGCGACACGACACAGGCUGAGCUUAACGGCGCUGGCGUUAGUGACGUCGUGCUCUCGGUGCCGAUUUGGUUCACGGACGCGCAGCGUCGUGCAAUGCUGAACGCUGCAGAGAUCGCCAACCUGAACCCUCUGCGUGUGAUGAAUGAGCCGACUGCUACUGCGUUGGGCUAUGGUAUUACCAAGACGGACCUGCCUGAGCCGGACAGCCCACGCAAUGUCGUGUUUGUGGAUAUUGGCCACUCGAGCUACCAGGUAUCGGUGGUGGCCUUCUGCAAGGGCCAGCUGACUGUGCUCGGUGCGUCAGCUGAUCCCAACUUUGGUGGUCGCAACUUUGACCGUGCGCUGAUGGAGCAUUUUGCUGAGGAGUUCAAGGGCAAGUACAAGAUUGAUGUGUUCUCGAACCCGAAGGCCACCUUCCGUCUUGCGGCGGGCUGUGAGCGUCUGAAGAAGGUUCUUUCGGCCAACACAUUGGCUCAGCUCAACGUUGAAAGCUUGAUGAAUGACAUCGACGCUGCUUCGCAGCUCAAACGUGAGGAGUUCGAAGCCUUGAUUGCCCCGUACCUCCAGCGUAUCCACACUCCUCUGGACGCUGCGCUCGAGCAGUCGGGUCUUACCAAGGAUGAGAUCCACAGCGUGGAGCUUGUUGGUGGUAGCUCGCGUAUCCCUGCGCUCAAGGAGAGCAUCGCGCAGUGGUACGGUAAGCAGCUCUCGUUCACGCUGAACCAGGAUGAGGCUAUUGUUCGUGGUUGCACACUUGCAUGUGCUACUCUCUCGCCUGUGUUCCGUGUGCGUGAGUUCUCGGUGCACGACAUCUCGUCGUACCCGAUCAAGGUCUCGUGGGAGCCUGCGCCUGAUGUGCCAGACGAAGAGAACGAGCUGGUGGUGUUCAACACGAACAACCCGGUGCCGUCGACCAAGAUUCUGACCUUCUACCGCAAGGAGCCAUUCACGCUUGAUGCUUCGUACGCUGAGCCGGGUACCUUGCCGAAGGGUAUCAACCCAUGGCUCGGCCGUGUGACUAUUAAGAAUGUGGCCCCGAACGAGCAGGGUGAGCACUCGAUUGUUAAGGUCAAGGCUCGUCUCAACCUGCACGGUGUGCUUAACGUGGAGAGUGCCUAUACUGUGGAUGAAAUUGAGAAGGAGGAAGAAGUCCCUGUUGUCGACCCGAAUGCACCGGAGGGUCAGGAGCCGAAGACGGAGAAGCGCGUGGUGAAGAAGCUUCAACGCAAGGAUGACCUCCCUAUCGUGUCGGGCAUCGGUCUGCUUGAUGAGAGCCUGAUUGCCGAGAUGAAGGAGCGGGAGGGUCAAAUGUACGCUGCCGACAAGCUCGUGGCCGACACGGAGGACCGCAAGAACGCUUUGGAAGAGUACAUCUACGACACCCGCAGCAAGCUCGACGAGCGCUACUCUGCCUUUGUGCAGCCGCAGGAGAAGGAGAAGCUUCUUAGCAUGCUGGCCGAGUCGGAGGACUGGCUGUACUCGGACGAGGGCGAUGAUGCGGCCAAGUCGGCGUAUGUGGAGCGUCUCGACUCGUUGCAGAAGGUUGGUGCCCCCAUCGUCUUCCGCUGGAAGGAGUUUGACGAGCGUCCCCGUGCUGCUGCGCAACUGCGUGAGGUGGUCAACAAGUACAUGAGCGUGUUCGAGAACGAGCCAGAGAAGUACGACCACCUUUCGGAUGAUGACAAGACCAAGGUCAUUGAGAAGGCAGCGAAUGCCAGCAAGUGGCUCGAGGACUUCAUGUUCAAGCAGAGCGAGCUGCCCAAGAAUGUCGACCCGAAGUUGACUUCAGCUGAGAUUCUCAAGAAGAAGGACGACGUGAUCUACGUUUGCACGCCUAUCCUUAGCAAGCCCAAGCCGCGUGUUCAGCCGGAGCAGCCGAAGGAGGAACCUUCCAACGAGGACACUAAGCAGGGCGACAUGGAUGUCGACUAA